AUGCCCGUGUCGAUAAUCCCGAUGACCAUCCCUUCCCCCGCGCUAUCCUGCCCGCCUGUCGCGGGCCACAGCGUUUCGGGCAACUUCAAAAACCUCGGCGAAUCCGUGGCGGCGGCAGCGGAGGCGGCGGCGGAGGAGGAGCGAGAACGACGAACGGACGAGGAGGAGGAGGAAGGAGCAGAGGAGGUCGAGGCGGAGGAAGAGGAAGUGGAGGAGGAAGAGGAAGUGGAGGAAGAGGAAGUGGAGGAAGAGGAAGUGGAGGAGGAAGAGGAGGAGGAAGAGGAGGAGGAGGAGGAGGAGGAGGAGGAGGAGGAGGAGGAGGAGGAAGUGGAGGAGGAGGAGGAAGAGGUGGAUACUACCAGCGGUCGUGAAGAGGAGGGCGACGCGGAAGCAGUUGAAACCGUCGAGGGCGAUAACGUGGAAGAGGAGGAUGCUGACGUGUCAUCGUCGUCGAUGUCGGGCACGUCGGCAUCCGCGAGCGUGAUGACGUCGGCAGAAUCCGUUGCUGCUGCUCUUGCUGCAGGGAAGGUGCGCGGGAGGAGGGGAAGGUGGCGGUUGAGAGGCGUGGUGAAAUUGAGCCGGGGAAGGAGGUGGGCAGGAGGGGGGAAAAGCCAUACUUCCCAGGCUCCCCGUCCCCUGAUACUCCUUCCUGUCCAAGCGGACUCCCCCGUGCCGACACAGUACCCCCCUCCCCCUCCCCCAGCUAAACUCUCCGCACUUGGGCGCUGCGGCACCUUCCCCUGUCGAUACUCCCCCCCCCCCUCCCCCUUCACCCCCCGCUCUCCACCCCCGCCCCCUCCUCCUCCCCCAACUAAACUCUCCGCACUUGCGCGCCGGUAUCUCCCGCAACGUCUUUUCUGGAAGCGUAGGCCCGCGCGCACAUCUGCGCGUAUCCCCGCGCACCCUGGAGAAUCCUCGCGCAUCCUCGCGCAUCCUCGCCCAUCCGCACUCAUUCUCGCGCACAUCUACACGCCUCCCCGCGCAUCCCCGUGCAUCAUGCGCAUCCCCUCGCGCACUCGCGCGCAUCCUCGCGCACCCUCCUCAUCCCCGCGCAUUCUCUCGCCCAGUCGCGCACGCAAGCAUACCUAUGGUGCCUUGUAA